AGCAAAGGCUGCAGUCCGCAACCAUCCCGCUGCUCUCCGUUCCAUCACCUUGCGUCUUGCGCUCGGCAGCCUCGUCUCCCCCCUCUUUCGGCGAAUGCCACGCCGCCUCGAAUCGCGCGCUCAUGGCCCGAGCGAUCAGCCUCUUACCACCUCUCCACCCCCAAUCCAUCAGCGCCAAAAAUAGAUAGGGGAUGAGGAAUCGCCUCUGGUGCCUGGUUCGCACCCCAUUCCCCUCCGCCUCCCGGUUCGAUGCUGGUAUCGCGCGCCUCUGCACGCGCUCGAGUCGGACCACACGGCGUGCCUACUUGGCGGCGAGGCAACCGGCGACCGGCGCAAGGGAGGGAGCCGACGCCGCUGCCGAACCUGAUUCGACCUCGCCGACGACAGCCGUCGCGUUUUGGUGAUCGCAUUACGCAUGGCUGCCACAUUAAAGAUUGUUGUAGGCUCUCAUAUAUGGCUGGAGGAUAAAGAUUUAGUUUGGAUUGAUGGCGAGGUUUUCCGAACUGAAGGUCAAAAUGUCCAUGUCCACACUACCAAUGGAAAGACGGUUACUGUGAGCAUAUCAGACAUUCAUCCAAAGGACACAGAAGUGCCAUCUGAUGGCAUUGAUGACAUGACAAGGCUAUCAUACUUGCAUGAACCUGGUGUUCUAAAUAAUCUUGCUGUUCGAUAUGCAAAAAAUAUAAUUUAUACCUAUACUGGCAAUAUUCUGAUUGCAAUUAAUCCAUUCCAAAGUCUGCCCCAUCUUUCUGAACCCCGUACCAUGGAGAAGUACAAAGGUGCAAAUUUUGGUGAGCUCGACCCUCACGUGUUUGCAAUUGCCGAUGUUUCUUACAGGAAACAGGCAGAUGAUGAAUGAGGGAAAGAGCAACUCCAUUUUGGUGAGCGGUGAAAGCGGUGCUGGUAAAACUGAAACCACAAAGAUGCUAAUGAGAUAUCUUGCUUUUUUGGGCGGACGGUCUAAAACAGGGGGGAGGACAGUUGAACAACAAGUUUUAGAAUCUAAUCCAGUCCUUGAAGCUUUUGGCAAUGCAAAGACUGUCCGUAACAACAACUCAAGUCGAUUUGGAAAAUUUGUUGAAAUCCAAUUUGACAAGAGUGGGAAGAUAUCAGGUGCUGCCAUUAGAACAUAUUUGCUUGAAAGAUCUCGUGUUUGCCAAAUCAAUAGUCCAGAGAGAAACUACCAUUGCUUUUACUUUCUAUGUGCAGCACCGUUGGAGGAUAUCAAAAGUUAUAAGCUUGGUGACCCAUCAUCAUUCCACUAUCUCAACCAAUCUACGUGCAUUAAACUUGACGAAAUUAGUGAUGCUAAGGAGUAUCUUGCAACACGAAGUGCAAUGAAUACAGUUGGCAUUACUGAGCAGGAACAGGAGGCUAUAUUCCGGGUAGUUGCUGCUGUGCUUCAUCUCGGGAACAUCAGUUUUGUGAAAGGGAGAGAGGCAGAUUCAUCUGUAAUAAAGGACGAGAAAGCUAGGUUCCAUCUUAAUGCAACAGCAGAGCUCUUGAUGUGCGAUUGUGGAAAUCUGGAGAACGCAUUAAUAAAGAGGAAAAUAAAUACACCAGAAGGAGUUAUAACCACAACAGUUGAUCCUAAUUCUGCUACUGUUAGCAGGGAUGGCUUAGCAAAGCAAAUAUAUUCUCAGCUAUUUGACUGGCUCGUAAACAGACUAAAUGCCUCCAUAGGACACGAUACAUCCUCUGACCGAUUGAUUGGAGUACUUGAUAUCUAUGGUUUCGAAAGUUUUAAGACUAAUAGCUUUGAACAAUUAUGCAUCAAUUUCACCAAUGAAAAACUUCAACAGCAUUUUAAUCAGAAUGUCUUCAAAAUGGAGCAGGAAGAGUAUAACAGGGAGCAGAUUGACUGGAGCUACAUAGAAUUUGUUGACAACCAAGAUGUUCUAGACUUGAUUGAGAAGAAGCCUGGUGGAAUUAUUGCACUUCUUGAUGAAGCUUGUAUGUUUCCUAAGUGCACACACGAAUCAUUUUCUCAGAAGUUGUAUGAGAAAUUCAGGAAUAACAAAAGAUUUUGCAAACCAAAGCUUUCUCGCACUGCAUUUACCAUACAGCAUUAUGCAGGAGAAGUAACUUACCAAUCUGAUCAGUUCCUGGACAAAAACAGAGACUAUGUAGUUGUAGAACAUCAAGAAUUACUGAAUGCUUCCAAGUGCUCUUUUGUGUCAGGGUUAUUCCCAUCAGUACUAGAGAACACAAAAGCAUCGAAGUCCUCCAUUGCUACUCGCUUCAAGUGGCAACUCCAAGAACUAAUGGAGACUUUGAGUUCUACAGAACCACAUUACAUCAGAUGUAUUAAGCCCAAUAAUCAUCUUAAGCCUGCUACUUUUGAGAACAUCAAUGUUCUGCAGCAACUUCGGUGUUCAGGUGUUCUUGAAGCUAUUAGAAUCAGCUGUGCUGGAUAUCCUACAAGAAAAAUAUUUCAUGAUUUUCUCUGUCGAUUUUGCAUUCUUGCUCCUGAAGUUUUCACAGAAAGAAACAAUGAAAAGUUAAUAUGCCAAAAGAUUUUGGACAAUAUUGGACUCCAUGGUUAUCAGAUUGGAAGAACAAAGGUGUUUCUGAGAGCUGGUCAGAUGGCUGAAUUAGAUGCUAGAAGAACUGAAGUGCGGAAUAAAGCAGCUAUAACCGUUCAGAGUAGAUUUCGCACUCAUGUUGCUCGUGAGCAAUUCCUUGCAUUACGCAUGACAUCAAUAUCUUUUCAAUCUUUUGUUAGAGUGAUAUUGGCCUGUAAGUUACAUGUUUUCCUCAGAAAACAAGCUGCAGUACUGCAUAUACAGAAAAGUUACCGCUGCUAUUUUGCUUGGAAGACUUACUCGGAGCUAUGUUCUUCAGCCAUUACAUUGCAGACAGGUUUAAGGGCCUUUGGUGCUUAUAACGAGUACAUUAUCAGAAAACAAAAUAAAGCUUCUAUUUGUGUCCAGGCUUGUUGGCGUUGCCAUAGAGAUCAUUUGAAUUACCUUAAAAUGAAAAGAUCAGUGUUAAUUUAUCAGUGUGCAUGGAGAAGACGGAUUGCUAGAGAAGAACUCAGAAAGCUCAAAAUGGCUGCGAGGGACACAGAAGCCCUGAAGGUGGAGAAGGAGAAACUUGAGGAGCACGUGGAAGAGCUGACUAGCCGUUUGAGCUUCGAAAAGAAUCUUAGGAUUGAUCUAGAGAAGAGCAAGGCAAGAGAAAUUUGCAAACUACAGGCCACUCUUCGUGAGAUGGAACAGCGGGUUGAAGAAGCCAUAGAGAUGCAUGAAAGAGAAUUAGCCAAAAAGGCUAUUGAGGAAGCUUUAGCUCAAGAAAGGGAAAAGAUCACCGUAUUGACUAAUGAAGUCGAUGAGUUGAAGGUAUUACUAUCAAGAGAACGAGAAGAAAACAGUGCAACUAAGAGUGCACUCGUUGUUGUUCGUGAAGAAAAUGAUGUGCUGAAUAAGAAAAUUGUGGUUGCAGAUGCAAGCAUGGAGCAGCUUAGAGAUACUGUAACGAGGUUGCAAGAAAGUUUAAUUGAGGGAGAAGCUACUUUGCUUGCAGAAAGAAAAGAAAGUGAUGCAGCCAAGAAAUCACUCACUGAAGCUCAUGUAAAAAACGAGGAACUAUUCAAUAAAAUUGAAGUAGCUGAGCAUAACGUUAGUAUCUUCCAAGACGACAUCCAAAGACUUGAAGAAACUGCAGCUACAUUGGAGACUUCAUUGUUAUCUGAGAAACAACAGAGUACUGCAAUCAUUUCACAAUUAACUGAAGCACAACAGGACAUCCAAGUACUGCAGAAGAAAUUUGCAGAUGCCAAUAAGACAAUUGAGCUGCUUCAAGAUUCUUUGAAAAGGUGUGAGGACAGCACAACCACAAGGGAUGCCUUAUAUGUAGCAGAAAGACAGGAGCAUGGUCAAACCAAACAAGCACUUUCCAAAGCUCAGGAAAGAAAUUUGGAAUUGCUUAGGAAAGUUGAUGAUAGUGAGAAAACUUUAAACAAGAUGCUGGAGAAUGCUCAGAGACUUGAGAAACAUGCAACAGCAAGGGAAUCCUUGCUUCUUAAGACAAAGCAGAAUCUUGACUGCACUACAAAAGCGCUAACUGAAGCACGAGGGAGAAACCGAGACUUAUUGACAAGUUUUGAGGAUUCAGCUAAAAAAAUCAAUAUGCUUGAGGAUUCACUUAACAGACUAGAAGAAUGCACAGCAGAGAAAGACUCUUUGUUGGCAGUAGAAAGAAAACAAAACAAAACGACCAAAGAAGAACUGGCCAAUGCCCAGAAAACAAUCGAUGAAUUAGUACAUGAGUCACAGCAGUCCCAGGAAAUAAGAAAUCAAUUGGAAGAUACCAUCAAGAGGUUUAAAGCAGAAUCGACUGCCAGAGACACAAUAUUAUUAUCAGAGAAACAGGCACAUGAGACGACCAAGAAAGUUCUAACUGAAAUUCAGUCGAGAAAUGAAGAGUUAAUCAAGAAAAUUCAGGAUUGUGAUAAAAAUAUUCUUGAGCUUCAGCUAACUGUGGAGAGGCUUCAGGAAAACACAUCUACUACAGAGGCUUUACUGUUGAGAGAACGAGAACAAAACAAUGCAACCAUGAAGGCACAAGCUGAAACUCAAGAAAUAAAUUUGCAGUUACUGAACAAGCUUGAGGACGUUGAGACAAAAAUUGGUCUUCUUCAAGGAAGUGUACAAAGGCUUGGUGAUAAUACAGCGAAAGACACUUUGCUGCUAUCUGAGAAACGUGAGAAGGAUGCCCUGAAGGAAGCACUUACUGAGUCUGAAUACAAAAAUGAAGAGUUACUGAUAAAAACUGAAGAAGCCAACAAAAAAGUUGAGCAUCUUCAAAACACUAUAAAUUCGCUUAAGGAGAACAUGGCAGCUUCUUUGGAAGCUGAAAGACAAGAAAAUGAAGCAAUCAAGAGGUCCCUUGUUGAAGCUCAGGAGAGAAACGAUGCAUUAUUUAAGAAAGUUAGGGAUAGCGAAUACAGGGCCCACCAGCUUCAAGAUACUGUCCAAAAGCUUCAAGUAGAUGCCAUAUCUAGACUGUCUAGCUUUGUAAUGGAGAGACAAGAUGGUGAUGGUGUCAAGAAUGCACAUACUGAGGUUCAUGGAACAAAUGAAGAUCUAAUGAGGAGAAAUGAAAACCUCCUAAAAAGGAAUGAUGACUUGGUGAAGAAGAUUGAAGAUUCUGCUAUACUUGUUACUGAGCUUAGAGGGAACUUGGAAAGGUUAGAAGGGAAAGCUGCUAAUUUAGAGGCUGAAAAUCAAUUGCUUCGUCAACAAGCAAUUGCAACUCCUCCAUCAACAGCAAAGUCUUCUCAAGCUGCAUGCUCUAAAAUCAGUAUGAUCCAUAGAUGUCAAGAAAGUGGUCAUAUUUUAAAUGGCAACGUAGCAUAUGCUGAAAUGAAGUCCUCAACCGGUCAAACAGAAAUGAGACCCUCGAUGGGCAGUUCCCUUGAUUUGAUUAACCACAAGGUUUAUGAAAAUGGGCAAAGCUUGUUUAAUGAUGUAUAUCAGCACCAGCAACCCCAGAAUCAUCAACAGUUAUUGCUGAAAUAUAUUACCCAAUAUCUUGGAUUCUCUGGGAGAAAACCUAUUGCUGCGUCUCUUAUAUACUACUGUCUUCUUCAUUGGAGAUCUUUUGAAGAAGCAAAGACAACUGUCUUUGACAGUAUUAUACAAAUUGUAAACUCAGCAACUGAGGCUCAACAUGAUACGAGAAGCUUGGCCUACUGGCUGUCCAACUUAUCCACAUUGUCAGUUCUCCUGCAACGUUCAUUUAAAGCCACCAGGGCAACUGCCUCAACUCCACAUAGACGAAGAAUUUCCUGUGAAAGGAUUUUUCAAGCCAAUCAAACUUCAAGCAGUGGACUUGCUUGUCUCAGUGCUCAAUCAGUGGAUGGAGGUACCGUGUUUCACCAAAUUGAAGCAAGGUAUCCGGCUUCGCUCUUCAAGCAGCAGCUAGUGGAUCAGGUUGAAAAGGUGUAUGGAGUGAUAAGCGAUAAAAUAAAAAAGGAGCUAAACCCAUUACUUGAGUUGUGCAUACAGGAUCCAAGAACUUACUCAAAUCAAGCAAAGGCCUUGAUGUCUCCUUCUAGUGGCUUGGGCCAACAGGAUCAACUCAUGCAUUGGCUGAGCAUCGUGAAAAUCUUCAACAGCUAUUUGCAUGUCCUCAGAGCCAAUCAUGUUCCCUCAAUUUUGGUCCACAAAUUGCUUACCCAAAUAUUUUCUGUGGUCAAUGUGCAAUUGUUUAACAGGCUCCUCUUGAGGCGUGAAUGCUGUUCCUUUAGCAAUGGGCAAUACAUCAAAGAUGGGCUAACUCAACUAAGAUAUUGGUGCAAUGACGUCAGUCAAGAGUUUGCAGACUCAGCAUGGGUAGCACUGAGGCAUAUAAGACAAGCUGUUGACUUUGUGGUAAUUUCUCUGAAGCCGAUAAGGACAUGGGAAGAGAUAUGCAAUGAUAUUUGCCCGGCUCUCAGUUUGCAGCAGCUAGAGCGGAUAGUCGGUAUGUAUUGGGAUGAUUUAAAGGGAACAAAUGUAACUUCAGCCGAGUUCAUGUCAAGCAUGAGAGCUAUGCUGCGCGAAGAAUCAAAUAGCGUCUCCAGCUUUUCGGUCCUGCUGGAUGAUGAUUCCAGCAUACCCUUUUCGCUUGAAGAUAUUUCGAAGUCAAUGCCAAACAUUGAGGAGACGUCAGUUAAUGACCUGCUGCCUUUCAUCCGCGAGAACCAAAGCUUUGCGUUUUUAUUGUAGUGGAGAGGACACGAAUCCUUAGAUUUGUUGUAUGAGAUUGCAGGCCAGUCUGUGUGGAGUUACUAUCCGUCUGAUGGGUAUGCGUUGACUUUACACGUGCUACUGUUUGAUUACCUAGCUUACCUGCAUCCACAGGAACUCUCAAAACUGACGUAUCCAUUCGGCCACCCUCACGGGAGCCUGCAGGUAUCCAAUCAGACCGUAUCCGUGUGAUGGA